GAGAAUACUUAGCACAGUAAUAGCACUCCCCCAACCCUAUUGGUCAUUGGACAUUUGGACUGUCGCCCACCACCCAAAAGCAAGUCAGUGGCCGCGACACCACCAUCUCUCUAUCUCCCUACACUCUCCAAACAUCUUCUCAUCUAUACCAAAUCUCCGCCACCACCACCGUCGCCCGCCGCCGCCGUCUUCUCCAUUAUUCUUUUCUACUUUAAAAAUUAUAAUAUUCCGGGGAGGAGGAAACUCCAAAAGGACAAAAACCUUCCCUCCCGCCGCCGCCCCCCCAAAGAAAAUCUCAAGCUCUUGUCUUUCUCUCUUAUCUUCUCUUCCCAUUUCUUUAUUAAUCAAACCCAUUAUUAUCCAUUAAUUAAUCUAACACAAUUUCCAAUUUCCCCACCUGCUAAAAUAGCGAGCUGCUGCAGGGUUUUUCCUCGCCCUCCCCACCGCCGGCGGCGAUGCCUACGCCGGUGAGUACAGCCAGGCAAUGCUUGACCCCGGAAGCCGCCCACGCGCUGGACGAGGCGGUGCGGGUGGCCAAGAAGAGGCGGCACAGCCAAACGACGUCGCUUCACGCCGUCUCCUCCCUCCUGUCCCAUCCUUCCUCCGUCCUCCGCGAUGCGUGCUCGCGCGCCAGGAACUCUGCUUACUCCCCUCGCCUCCAAUUCAAGGCCCUCGACCUUUGCCUGGGUGUUUCCCUCGACCGUCUCCCCUCUUCCGCCGGCGCCGCAGGCGAUGGAGACGACGCAUCCCCGCCGGUGUCGAAUUCGCUCAUGGCGGCGAUCAAGCGGUCUCAGGCGAAUCAGAGGCGGCAGCCGGAGAAUUUCCAUUUGUAUCACCACCACCAGCUUUCCGCUCAGCAGAUCAAUAAUCAAUCGUCUCCGAUUUCGUGCGUGAAGGUGGAUCUCAGGAACCUGAUUAUGGCUAUUCUCGACGACCCGGUGGUGAGUCGGGUAUUCUCAGAUGCUGGGUUCCGGAGCUCCGACAUCAAGCUGGCCGUAUUCCGCCCCCUCGCCGUCCUCCCUCAUCUCCACCUCAGACCUCCGCCGGCGUAUUCGGAUCCGGGUCCGGGUCGGAGGGGUUUCAGCUUCCCGUUCACCGGUUUCUCCGGGUUCUUCAGCGGCGGCGGGAGCGAGAACUUCCGGAGGAUCGGGGAGGUUUUGGGGAAAAGCAAGGGGAGGAAUCCUCUGCUUCUCGGCGUAUGCGCUUGCGAUACGCUCGCCAGCUUCAUCGAAUUACUGGAGAAGAGGACUGGAGAUAAGAGAGACGAUAGCAGCGGCGACGGCGGCGUCUUGCCCCCUGAAUUGUCCGGGUUAGCCGUGAUUCGGUUGGAGUCCGAGAUUUCCCAAUUUCUCAAUCGAAAUUCCGAUAAGGAAGCCGUCGAUUCGAGGUUCGAGGAAGUGGGUCGGUCGCUGGACCGAAAUUCCGGACCCGGGUUGGUUCUCAAUUUUGGAGAUCUGAAGCUGUUUGUGAAGGUCGACGAAGAAGAUGAAGAAGAAGCUGAUGGAAGAGUGAGUUAUGUCGUUGAGAAAUUGACGAGCAGCUUGUUGCGGGAUAAUAGUAAGCUGUGGUUGAUUGGGGCGGCGGCGAGCUACGAGACGUAUUCCAAGUUCAUGGCAAGGUUCCCUUCGGUUGCAAAGGACUGGGAUAUGCAGCUUUUGCCCAUAACUACAUCUUCUUCCAUGGCUGCUGAAUCCUCCUACCCUAAGUCCAGUUUAAUGGAGUCAUUCAUUCCAUUUGGUGGCUUCUUUUCAACGCCAGCAGAUUUCAAGGUUCCCUUAGGCAGCAGCCCUUACCCCUAUAUGACAACGCUCUCUCAUCCCUGCAAUGGGCAAGAAGUUGCUGCUGUUUCAAAAGGAGUCUCAUCAGUUCCCUCGGCGCCAGAUCAGCAUGAAUCUGGCCAACAUUCAUUGUUGCGGACUGCUGAAAGUGGCACAGAGAAGGAGGGAAUGAUUAUGAAGACCAGAGAUGAUAGAGAUGUAUUGAGAUGCCGAGCUGUCAGUCUGCAGGAAAAGCAUGAUAGUAUGUGCCAUAGCCUUCAUCAACAGCAGUCACCUCCUGGUUCUGAAAUUCAUCCACCUCAAAUUCCCACCACUAUGGGCUUUCAAUUGGCUGAAGACACUCAAAGGGAAGUUUCUGAAAAUGAUUACAGCUGCUGCACAAUGGCAUAUUCACGGCCAAUCGCGGAUACGUACUCGAAACCUAGCUUAUCAUCUGCUGCUAUUGAUUCACAUCAGAUAGUGAGAAGUGAAUCAGCUGGUUGGUUUCUCCCUCUCAUUCCUGCUAAUGCUACCAAUCAUAAGCCUUUGAAUGAAGAUUCAGGUGGUGCUCUCAGAUCUUCUCCACAUAGUUUAUUGUCCAAUUCAAGCACGUGUUAUGGCAGUCAGGCAUCUCCUGCUCCUGUGAUAACUGAUCUUGGACUUUGUAUAAGUUCUCCUGCAGCCAAUGGUGAGCCCGUUAAUCUCAAGGAUCUUUGUCGGGUUAUCUCAGAAAGAGUCGGCUGGCAAGAUGAUGAUGCAAUAUUCUCCAUCUGCCAAACCAUAUCCGAGUUCAGGGCUAGAGAUGGGAAACCUGAUGGAGGUAGACUGAGGGGCAAGAACAUAUGGUUCAGUUUCCUAGGACCUAACUGGCAUCGUAAGAGGAAAGUUGCAACUGCGCUUGCCGAGAUGGUUUAUGGGAGCAAGGAAAACUUUAUGUAUGCAAACUUGAACCCUCAAGAUGGGAUCAAUGAUUCGAUGUUCAGGGGGAAAACUGUGGUUGAUUAUGUUGCUGGGGAGCUCUGCAAGAGGCCCAUAUCUGUUGUGUUACUUGAUAAUGUCGACAAAGCUGAUGUUCAGGUCCAGAGCAGCUUGUCUCGUGCAAUUCAAAAAGGGAGGUUCCCGGAUUCGCAUGGGAGAGAAGUUCCCAUCAGUAAUGCAAUCAUCAUUACAACUUCAACCGUAAAUGAUUAUAGCAUUAACAAAGAUUUGAGUAGAUAUUGUGAGGAGAAGGUGAUGAAAGCUAAGGGCUGGCCGAUGCUGAUAUCGAUUGAGAAAAAACAACUUGGAAGGGAGCUGAGUCUGUCAGUGAUUAGCGAUGGCAGAUCAAGCUCAUCGGGACUCCUGAAUAAAAGGAAACGUGCAAACGACAAUGCAUCAACCAGGAAAGGUCUGGACUUGAACCUUCUUCCAGCCCAAGAAAAUGAUGACUUGUUGGGCAAGGAAGGCGAGAACCUGGACAGUGAUGAUUUUGUGUGUGAUGAUCAUUCCUCUAGGGCAUGGUUACAGGGAUUCUUUGGUCAGGUCGAUAGAGUAGUGAUGUUCAAGCCUUUCGACUUUGAUGCACUCGCCACCCGAAUCUCAAAAGAAUUGAACAAGUGCUUCCACAACUUCUUUGGGCCCGAAUGUGAUCUGGAUAUCGAUCGAAGGGUCAUGGAGCAGCUGCUUGCUGCAGAGUACUUAUCAGAUAAGAAGAGGACUGUGGAUGAGUGGGUAGAGCAGGUACUGGGCCAGGAAUUCGAGGCAGUCCGGAGAAAGCACGGUGAACUGGGCAGUGACUAUAUCGUGAAACUAGUUGUUCUUGAAGAAAGGUCUGAUUUGGAAGAGCUCAAUCCAAGAGGUUGCCUUCCUCCACAAGUUAUUAUCAACUGAUGCCCCCAGCCCCCGGGUCUGUGGAUGAGGCUGUAUUCUUGUUCGUAGCUAUAAUAGAUGUAUGUAUAAACCGUAGGGCUUGUAUAAUCUUGUAAUCUUAAGAUCUAAUAUAGCUGUUGGUCUAAAAGUUUUUGAGCUUUAGUCAGGUAUGCAACGCACAAUCAGGCAGGUACUAUGUCUUUUUUAUCCUUUUUGAGCUCUUGGAAAAACGGUCUGUUCAUAUUUUCCUUUUCCAGGAGACCUAGUAUUCAAUAUUUUUUCUGGGUAUCUGAAUUUUUGGCAAGGAUAAAGCCUGUGUCUUUUUCCAGGAAGAAAUGAAUACCUAUUAUUAGUACAGUGCAUGUCUGUUUGCAGUUUGUUUGUUCCUCUGAAUCAGCUCCUGGGAGUUAGCAGAGUGUCUGUAAUCCGCAUAUCGCUUCAGAAUAGUUUACUUUGGUUGUACAA